AUGAAUCCAAUCUUGAAUGGCAUUUUCGAUGAUGGCUCUACUCAUGAAUUUCGAUCCAUAUCUGAAGCACAACGCAUAACUGGAAUUGAUGGAUCAUAUAUUGGAAAAGUUUGCAAAGGGCGUAAAGCUCGUGCUGGUGGAUAUCAUUGGGA